AUGGCGGCCCCGUGCUUUCCCUCGGACGACGACGACAGCCUGCGGGGCUGCGAGCUGUACGUGCAGCAGCAUGGCAUCCAGCAGGCGCUCAAGGACUGCGUGGUGCACCUGUGCGUGGCCAAGCCCGAGCGCCCCAUGCGCUUCCUGCGGGAGCACUUCGAGCGGCUGGAGAAGGAGGAGAACAGACAGACGCUGGCACGGCAGAAGUCCGGCGCCCAGCAGGACUCCCAUGACGAGGAGGUGUCCCCGGUGCCCCCCAACCCUGUGGUGAAGGCGCGGCGCCGGCGCGGGGGCGUGAGUGCCGAGGUGUACACGGAGGAAGACGCCGUGUCCUACGUCAGGAAGGUCAUCCCCAAGGACUACAAGACCAUGACGGCGCUGGCCAGGGCCAUCUCCAAGAACGUGCUCUUCACCCACCUGGAUGACAACGAGAGAAGCGACAUCUUUGACGCCAUGUUCCCUGUCACACACAUCGCUGGAGAGACCGUGAUUCAGCAAGGGAACGAAGGGGAUAACUUCUACGUCAUCGACCAGGGAGAAGUGGACGUGUACGUGAACGGAGAGUGGGUGACCAGCAUCAGUGAGGGCGGCAGCUUCGGGGAGCUGGCGCUCAUCUACGGCACCCCCAGGGCCGCGACGGUGAAAGCCAAGACUGACCUGAAGCUCUGGGGCAUCGACCGCGACAGCUACAGGCGCAUCCUCAUGGGCAGCACGCUGAGAAAACGCAAGAUGUACGAGGAAUUCCUCAGCAAAGUCUCCAUCCUGGAGUCCCUGGAGAAAUGGGAGCGCCUGACGGUGGCCGACGCCCUGGAGCCCGUGCAGUUUGAGGAUGGAGAGAAGAUCGUGGUCCAGGGGGAGCCCGGGGACGACUUCUUCAUCAUCACGGAGGGCACCGCCUCCGUGCUGCAGCGCCGGUCCCCCAGCGAGGAGUACGUGGAGGUCGGCCGCCUCGGGCCCUCUGACUACUUUGGGGAGAUUGCGCUGCUGCUGAACCGGCCGCGUGCGGCCACAGUGGUGGCCCGUGGUCCCCUCAAGUGCGUGAAGCUGGACCGGCCGCGCUUCGAGCGGGUGCUGGGCCCCUGCUCCGACAUCCUCAAGCGGAACAUCCAGCGCUACAACAGCUUCAUCUCCCUCACCGUCUGA